AUGGCUGACACAAGUACAUGUAAAAGGAAGCGAAGAUGUUCAUCAAGUUCUUCACCAGAAUGUGAACAAGAUCCCGCUUCAAAAAGAUCACGACUUUCUACAGACAUUCCUGGAGAAAUCUCAAGGGGAAAUGUGGUAUCCGAUAGCACUGUUGAAAAAACGGCGUCAAACCCACACCUGGAGCCAGCCAUCUCUAAAGAUGGAGUUAAAGCAAGUGGUGGAAGUGAUGUUCAGAGACUUAGUUCAGUUGAGUCCGUGCUCUCCGAUCAAGAGCAAUCUACUCAGAUAGUAAGAGAAGCUGCCCUCGAGGAUUCUACCAGUGAACAAGAUUUUCCAAAGGCAGUAGUGUCUGUAGGUGAUGAUGCUUGUCCACAAACUGAUGUCCAAAAUGUUAAGGAUGAACAUUCAAACUCAGACACAAGUCCAAAAGUAUUGCAGCAGUCGUCACAAGACAGUAGUCAUGAAUGCAGCAGAAAAUCAAACGAGGAAUAUCACACAACUGUGGGUGAGGAUAGAAAAUCAACGGACAAUGUUAACAAUGAGAGCACACAUGAAAAAACACCAGACUCCCCCUGUUUUGAAGGCACAAACACAAGCAUGGCUUCACUGGACACUGUCGAUAUGGAAGCAGUUCAAGCAUUGACUUUCCUAAAGCAGUCUGCAUCACCAACAAAAAUCUUAUCAGGGCCUUUGUCAAACCAAGGAAAUAGCGAUACGAGGUUGUACACCGGAAGUAUCAGGAGAAAAGGUUUCGCAAAAGGCUCCCUCGCAAAACAAAAACUUAAAAAGAACUCGCAAAAGAAGCUAACACCGGUGCGGUCCGAUGAAACAGACUCCGAGGGACAACAGGAAGGCUUCUCCUCGUCACCCAGCAGGAUGGUGAUUGAUAUGCAACCGACGAGAAAGUCGGCGCGACAAGCAGCGCAGGAGGACAAGGAGAAACCCUGGAGUGCAAUGAUGAAGAAGAAAGCAAAGAAGAAACUUGGGAGGAUGUUUGAGGCGGGCGGGGAGAGGAAGGAGACAAGAGGUCGGAAGAAAGGAUCAAAGGGGCCCUCGCUUGACGCUGAUGAGGUUCAGCGCGCAAAUGAAGCGUGUGAUCUCUUGGAGAAGAGACUUGAAGAGAAUGCCGUCAAGAAUAACCUUUCUGUGGUUAAUGUAAAGAACAUUUUACAUCAUGUGAUCACCAAUGAGCACGUAUUAGCAAUGGUACGUAACACAAUGGAUGAUGGGACGCCGGGGGACAAUAUCAAAUCUCCAAGCUCGCCGGCUGUUGUGUUUGAGCCUAAGAUGACAAGAUCGAAGCUCAAAGAAGUCUCUGAGAAGUCAGGAAACAUGGGAAAUGUGCCGUUCGUUUGGCCCGUAUCACCAAUCAAGAAAUCCAAACAGGUGCCACAGUUCACUGACCUGAUGUUCGCGGACUCUGAUGACGACGAUGAGGACUACAAACCGAGCCAAGAAGACUUGCAAAAAGACGAGAGUGACUACGAGAGCAUAACAUCCUUCGGGUCUCCGUGCCCAAGCACCCCUCGCUCCAGCCUCAACACCUCAUUCUUUGAAGACACUGAAGAAGAAGGAGAUGUAGAGUCAGCACCCCCUCACAGCCCCUCACGCCCCCCUAGCGUUGCCCCCUCACCUGCCAAAGGGGGGCAUCUCCGGGCGGUGCCUGUACCCAUGGGACCUCCCCCGCCCAAGGUGCGGUUUGAUAAUAAGAUUAAAGACGACGCUAAGUUUCUUAAACAGCUGGAUGAAGUUAACAUGGAGUUGGAAAAAUCUGAGCAGGAUACGAUCGCCCAUCGUACCCGCUCCAAGUUUCCCAUCGACAUACCCUUAGAAGAAAUUGAGGCAUCCUUCGUGGCUCCUGACAUCACUGCAGACAUGUUUGAUACGUGGGAUGACUGUGAAGAUGAUAAUGAAUGGGUCAGGUGGCUCGCUGGCCUCCAAAAGACCACUGACCCAGAGGUUAGCGAUGUAGGGGACGACGAUCAAAACGAUCCAGAGUAUAAUUUCUUGGCCGAGGAGGAGGCCGUAGAUGAAGAAGACUUCCGAAAUGAUAAGACUGUCGAGAUAACCAAGAAAGAAGUGAAUGAACUCUUAGAUGAACUAAUAGAUGCGUUUGAGAAUGAGGACUGGGCAGCGGACUUUGACAUGCAGCAUUUCGACAAGCCUCAACAGCUGACCCUGUCGGACAUGAUCGCACAGCGGCAGAUGACCUACCCUAAAGACGGCAAGGGGAAGAAGAAUGUUCAACAGCAGCAGUCGCAGCAGCAGCAGCAGCAAGUCAUGGUGUUCAACCACCAUGAGAGGAUGCAACUGCAGCAGCAAAUGCAACAACAUGUGCAGCAGCUUUGUCAGCUUAACCUUCUCUGCAGGGGUAGGCCGGCUAUGGAGCCACACAAAAACCAAGCCAAGCAGUUCCUGAGUGAGUUGGACAUGCUUGCUGGCCGCAGCGAGGAGACGGUAUUGGCGAACUACAUGAUAGCUGGUGUCCAGCAGCCUUAUGGGCCUUGCUCAGCAUUCAGACCAUGCAAUCUAGCUGGUGCUCUGGCGAUUUGUGAACAAGAAUUCGUUGUCACAGAGAAAGAAUUGACUAUUAUGAAUGCGCACGAAGCCUGGAAAACAGUAGCCAAUGAAACGACCCGAUCAAAAUCGCUUACUAUCCGUAGUCCGCCUACAGAGGGCGCUCAAAAUCUUAUCGCUCAUAGUCGAGUCUUCAUGUACUCGGAGCUGUUGCCGACGGUUAGUCUGACGGAAAAACCUCUCCAGAAAAUCCACUUUGAGAAGGCCGAAGACAGAUUGAUUCUGUUGGGAUUGAUGCAGUAUCCACUCGGCAACGAUCGUCAAUCUCAGUACAGGUUGAUCUGCCAGAACAUGUUACCCAUCAAGACUAAUCGCCAGGUCAUGAUUCAUGUUAAGAAUAUGUGCUGUAAGAAACGAAACUCCGACAACAUCAUUAGGUGUUGGCGUAAGAACAACAUCAUGCCAGACCUGAGCCCACUUUGUGCACCUAUACUUCCCGGCACGGAGCAGUCUCCGAUAGAGCAAUCUCAAAUCUAUGAUAAGAAACCAGAGUGGUUAAAGAAACUCAUGUACCAAGUAGGGUUCUUUCCUCCAACAACCACCGCGACUGAAACCCCAGCCACUCCUUCCUGUUCGUCCUCAACUCCACCCCCUCCGGCCAAACAGCUUCAUCCCCCAGGGGAUCAUCCUCACACUCUGACCAACACCGUUAUCACGGUUCGCUCCAUUCCAACUCCGUUAGCACUUCCUAAACGAGCGAUCCUUCCGAAAGUGGGUCCACAAACUACUCAGGGGAGUGUAAGUAAUUCCACUAGUAAGGCAGCUCCAUCAGAAACAGACUCCUCAUCGCCCAAGUCUAGUUCAGAAGGUCAUCAAAGACCUAGCACCAUGCUGACACAGAGCUGUCGAAUCGCUCCAAAGGCCCUCAGUUGUGUGAAUCUGCAAGGUACUUCGGCUAACCAACCCGUCUUGAUGCUACACCCACAACAGGGUGUCCUGAAUACUAUCGGGAGCAAUGCUGUACAGAUUAUCACAACCACUGGAGGGUUCACUCCAGUAAUAGGGCGACAAGGUUGUCCGAGCCCAUCCUUCACUCUGCUCAACCCCACUUCUGACACCAAAUCUCCAGAUACUCAGACGUUAACCUCUACACUCAGAAGCAGGUCCAAGGUGUCGCCAACCAGUGUUACUCCAAGUGGCAUCUCAGCCCUCUCGAACUUCAAGGUGCGUAGGCUCGAUAAUGUUUCUCCAGAACCCCUGCCAAAAAAGGAUCUUCAAUGUCAUGAAGAGGACAAUAGUUCUACAAACAUUUUCAAAAGGCAAUCUGAAUCUUUUGAACUAGAAAAAAAGUCUGCAUCCAGACAAAAAGUAAGGCCGUUGACUUUAAAGGGUCACUCGAGGUCGGCUUUUAAAAUCAGUUCCUCGCUUGGUCAAAAUAAAAAAGAACCUGUCUCUGAGGUAAAUAGCCCAGAUGCUAUGAAGCAGCCGGAUUCUACUAAGAGCAUCUCAUCAUCAACAGCUUCAGCACGUCCCGCAACUCAAUCCGCUACAACCUCAACAACUGUCACAAAGACAGAUAAGAAAUGUUCAAACACUUUAAGCGAAUCGGUUGCCCAGAAGGAGUUACCAAGACCCCCGUCCAGGAGCAAGAGUCGAACUCCAGACUCUUUACCUGGCGAAGAGGAGGACGAGGAUACCACCAGCAGGGAAGUAGUUUCACCAGUCGACGUCUUAGAAAGUGGCAACUCUAACAGUCAAGACUUUGUGGAUGCUGUCGACAGGCCUGAUGGUCCUCAGAGUCUGGCUCAAGGGGAAGGCGAGACGGAAGAGAUGGCGGAAGAGCUGGAGAAGACAACGCUGAACACAAAGAUGGCUGCCAAGCGCAUGAAGAGCAAGCUACGCAAGGAUCUGGAAUCAACGGUGGUACUUCUGGAUUCAAACAUCGUGUCCAAAGAUCCUAAGAGAGAAGAAAGGGAGACAUCUUUUUCAAGGGCUUACCUCAACAAAGUCAAGGAGAGAUUUUCGUCCGAGCCGGACCGAUACAUUGACUUCCUCGGGAUCUUCAACUCAUUCUCAACGAGUGCAGAGCUACCAGUAGACGAGUUAUACCAUAAGAUAUGUCAAGUAUUACACGGCAACCCUGAUCUCAUUGAGGACUUCACAGCGUUUCUUCCUCCUGAUGUGGCCCUCGCUUGUGGAGUGCUUAUGGAGAACCUGGAGUUCGCCAAAGCGAGACUUUUCCUCCGUCAGGUUGAAGUUCAUUUCCAGAAGAAUCCCACCCAGUUCCAGAAAGUCCUUACUAGCAUCACAGAGUGGGGUGGCAAAGAGAACAGGACAAAUAAUGAGCUGAAGGAAAAUAUCUUCCCCCUUCUGAAAGGCCAGCCUCAUUUGGAGCAGGAGUUUUCUCUUCUAUUUCCCGACGAGCGACCUCCGGACAAUUACAUGAUGGACUUUGAGGAAAUCGUUCUAGACGAUGAAAAAGAGAAAGAGUAUGACAGCUUCGAAGAGAUUGAAAUCCCAGACAGUGAUGAGGAGAUUCCGAUCACCAAGUCCCGCGUCGGCCGACCACCCAACAAACCCCCAUCUAGCACACAACCUCCCCCAGGGCUUAGAGCCUCUGCCCUCCAUGGGUUCCUCCCCAACGCCAAGGCUGCCCUUCUCAAAGGACGACUCCCAUCCAUCCUGAAGUCUACCUCAGGAGGAAAGAAGAAGAGUCCGGCACUAGACCCUUGGCAGGAGCUGAAUGCCCAUCUACAGUACGGUACCCAGGGAUGUAAAUGCAACUGCCACGAGAAGUCACAUGACACUAGAGUACAACGGAAGGUCCGCCACUGUGCCUACUGCAGUGCUAUGGUAACUCGGACAGAACUGAUCAGUUCUCUCAGAGGGCUCACCAUCGCCAACCGUCGGAGAGGGCAUCUCCUGAGCGGCUCUCAGCAGCCGGGAACCAGCGAAGACGCCGCCCAAAGAAACUCCAAGCGAGGAUCAGGUCGGAACCCCUCGGGGCGGAAAGCCUUAAAGGUCCAGUGGGCUGAAGCUGGAGACGACCAAGAAAUGGAAGAAGAGGAGGAAGAAGAAGAACAGAAUCCGUACAGCGACGCCGUCGCUCAUCUAUCCGAGAUCUGCUCCAAUCUCGCCGACUAUCUCAACGAGAACGCUUCCUUAUCAGAGGAAGAGGAAGAGGAGGAGAAGGAAUCCGAUGAUGAUGAUGGAAACGACGAUGCGGAAGACGGUCAAGAAGACGACGAUUAUGAAGACUUGGAAGAUGAGGACGAGGAUAAACCCGAAGAUGAGGACGAGGAUGAUGUAGAAGAUGAUGCGGUGAUGACCUCAGAGGAGAGUCACGGAGUUGAUGGGGCGACGCCUGAGAGCUCUGUCUCACCCGUCCUAAGCCAGGGUAGCCAUGAGAGCUGUCUGUCGGAUAGUAGUGGUAGUCGGAACACACCGCAGCCAGCACAACUACCAAGCUCACAGACUACAUUGCUAGGGUCAGGUGUCAUUCUUGAAGGAAACGGUAGUCGUGCCAACUCUCCUGUGACGUACGCUGAGGAUGAACGAAGCACUGAGGAGCACCUGAAGGAGCUGAAAUCUUGCCUGGCUAAGGAGAAGGAGGAGGAGACAAUGUCGAAUCCAUCGUCCGUCCGGAGCUUAACGUGUCAUGAGAUACUGUCCGAUUCCCCGGUCAGACAUUUCAGCGCUAUUGGGGAAUCAUUGGGCCAGGCGGGCGGAUCGGUGUCAAUACCAGACUCAGAAAAGAAAGAUAAUGUGUUUUUCCCACAGUCUGAUUCAUUGGGGAUGGAUUCCAAAUCUCCAACGGUCAAAUCUCCCUGCAGUGUCAUCACAGUAGGCAGUCCUGCUCAGGUCAGUGCUAGCGAGAAGAGUGGAACUUCAUUGCCAACGAAACCCACCAUCCGGCGAGUGAAAACCGUCCGGCCGACCCACAUCCCCGAUGUGCCCUUUGGCCAGCGGAGCAAACCAGUCUCACUCUUCGAGAGUCUGGCAAAGAGUAGGCCGUCUCCCACGGAAGUUGACUCUUUUGAAAAUCCUUUCAAAACAGAAAUUUUGAAAACAGAACCAGAAGCUGAGAGUAAAAAUAAUUUUGUAGAAUUUGAUCAAUCUCACAAACCUGUUCUGGAGAAACAGAACCCAGAGGAAGGUCAAACUGAACUGUCUGGAACAGUACCAGCGCAAGAAGCUUCAACGGAAGACUCUGCCGGGUUGUCUGAGAUGCCCAAGACUGAAGAAGACUCGAGGGCGGAGCAAGAGAAAGCAUCGGGGGCAUCAUCGUUGUUAUCAGCCGCUAAUGUGGCCAGGAGGAAGGAUGGAGAGGUGGUCGUAGUGUGGACAAGGGAUGCAGAUAGGCUGUUGUUGCAGAGAUGCCGUGAUCAAGGAGCAACGGAAGAAGUCUUUGAAGAGGUUGCCAAAACUCUCACUGAUAAGUCAUCUGAACAGGUGGAGCAGAGAUUCAAUACCCUGAUGAAACUCUUUCAAUCUGCGUCUCGGGACUCAGAAGAGGAUGAGGAAAGUGAAGAAGAUGCAUCGGAGGAUGAAGAAAAUGAUCAACAAGAAUCAGACAGUCAAGAUGUUGACGAUAACGGCUAAAGGUCACAACAAGAUAAAUGAAAUGUGUAGAAAUUGUAUUUAAAGUCACCCAUUGCAUAAAAUUUCAUGAGAUUCUCGUUGGUCUAUUUAACAGAUGUUUAUAAAAAGUGCAACAAAAUAGUUUGUGGGCUAAUGUAACGAACCCGAGCAAAGUUUUUUUUAAAGGCUAAAAAAAGUGUGACACAGUUAUAAUUAUUAUGUAUAUUUAAUUAAAAUUUUGAAUAGGGGAAUAAAAAAGUGAUGACAAGGCUAUAAACAGACUUUAGUCACUUCUCUUUUAUACCGAUCACAAUUCUGUUAUUUUCCAAUUCUUGUUAGAUCCUCAGGCUCCGUUUAGCGAGGGGUUAAAUUGCAUUGCAUGGUGUGUUAUUAGCGCUUGCGUAAGCUUGCGCGCCAGCAUGCGUCUGGCUUAUAUGUGCUGAAGUUUGGCCAACCAGUCAACCUAAACAAGACCCAACAACUUGUGGCACCAUUUCAUCAUUUCAUCAAAAUGAGUGAGGCACCAGUUUUAACAAUGUUUAACUUUGUCUGUGCUUAGCAAGUUUUCAUGCUUACAGGCUUUUUGAAAACAGGUCAUGUUUGGAUGAGUCAUGACAAUACAGAGUUACAUGUAUAUAAUUCUUCUAUUUAAUGCUAUUCCCUAAUUCAAGACUACUGGACGCAAAUGGCUAACCGUGCAAUGGACAGACUGUUUGGAAAAAACUUCCAGUGUUUUGCUGCAUGAAAUUUAACUUAAAGUGAAUAUUGAUAACAUAAAAUUGCAAUGCUUGCCACUUGUAUAGAUUUGAACACAGCUCAGAUUAAGAGCAGUGUGAAUUAAAAAAAACAAUAUUGAAACCAAUAAUUCUUUUAAGUUCGUCUUCUCUUGGUUAUGCCAAUUCCCCUGUGCUUUUUACUGUGUAGUGCAUACAUCAGGCGAUGCACGUUUGUUUACCAAUGUGCAAUCAUUGUUACUCUUUUUCAUGAAGGGGCGUAAUUUUCUCCCGUGUCUAACAAGAACUAAAGCCUGUGUUUAAAUCGAGUGACUACGGCUACGACGUAGUUGGCUUUAGUAAUUCAGCCAUAGCAAUUCAGCCAUAGCCAGAAUGUGAUUAACUUCUGGCACAUAA